CUACGUCUCUCUAUGCUCUCUCCACGGUAUCCGAAAAACAACGGAGGACAACCAGUUGCACGAUGCAUUCCUGGAAUUACUUCCGGAUACUUGCGCAGCUCCUCUUCCUCCUCUCCCUCUAUAACGCACGCCUCACUGUAUCUUGGGAAACGUGUCCAACAGACUCCAACUUUACCAUCAACAGCACCUACCAAUCCAACCUCAACCUCCUCCUCCUCCCGUCCCUCACCUCGGCCACCGUCUCCUCCGGAUACGCGAACAGAUCUGCAGGGAGUUCCCCAGACCAAGUCUUCGGCCUGGCGCUUUGCCAACUCGACGUUUCUCAAGAUAAAUGCCAAGCUUGCCUCGCCACCGCCGUCGACACCCUCCAUAGUCGCUGCCCCUACGCAAAAGAUGCGGCUACCUGGGGAGAUCACUGCUUCCUUGCUUACUCCAACACAAAUUUCUCGGCCGAGAGCAACAAAUCAUCCUUUUACCAAAUCUUAUACAACGUAGGAGAAGUUUCGGAGACGUCGAGAUUCGUGGAUCUGGUGGGGGAAUUGAUGAAUGCCCUCAUCAACUGGGCUGCCUACAAGACGGACAGCAUGUUCGCCAUUGGACAAGCCAACUUUACGAGCGCCACCAAUCUGUAUGGAUUGGUGCAGUGCACCAGGGAUCAGUCUGAUGAUGACUGCUUUCAGUGUCUUCGGCAGUCGUUGGCUUCAAUGCAGAGUUGUUGCUGGAAAAACCAGGGAGGAGUCGUGUUGAAGUACAGGUGCUUCUUGAGGUACGAGACCUAUUCAUACUAUAAUAUGUCAGUCCCGACAUCUCCACUGCCUCCGCUGUCAUCUGCACUCUCUUCGGCACCUCCGCCUGGCGCUACAGCCAAUCCACCGCCUCCGCCUGCUGUGGUGGACUCCAACUCUUCGUCAUCAUCAGCGAGAGAUGCAGGAAAAAAGCAGAACUCUAAAAUAGUAGUGGCUGUCGUCAUCCCCAUCCUCGGUGCUGUGAUGCUUGUGGCAGCGCUUUUGAUUUUUUUGUGGAGGACGAAAAUAUUUGCCAGAAAGUCGAAUGUUGGAGGAGCGAAAAGUCAAAAGGCAAACUCUCUGUUAUUUGAUUUUGAGACACUGAAGGUUGCAACCAAUAACUUCUCGGACGCAAACAAGCUUGGAGAAGGGGGAUUUGGACCGGUUUAUAAGGGCGUACUAUCAGGUGGCCGGGAAAUAGCUGUGAAAAGACUCGCAAGAAGCUCACAGCAAGGAUUUGCAGAGCUAAGAAACGAGGUUGCAUUUGUUGCUAAGCUUCAGCAUAGAAAUCUUGUGAGGCUCAUCGGUUUUUGCUCGGAAGAAGAGAAGCUACUCGUCUAUGAGUUCCUCCCAAACAGAAGCCUAGACAAAAUUUUGUUUGAUCCCACAAAAUGUGGUCAACUAAACUGGGAAAGGCGCUACAAGAUCAUCGAAGGGAUUGCAAGAGGACUUCUUUACCUUCAUGAGGAUUCCCGCCUAAGGAUUAUUCAUCGAGAUCUAAAACCCGGUAAUAUCUUGCUGGAUCAGCACAUGAACCCCAAGAUAUCUGACUUUGGUCUUUCAAAGCUGUUGGUCGACCAAGACAGAUCAAAAGAGAGUGCUAGCCGAAUAGUUGGAACCAACGGAUACAUUGCUCCAGAGUAUGCUUUGCAUCGGCACUUCUCGGACAAAUCAGAUGUGUACAGCUACGGAGUGUUGGUGCUUGAGAUUAUAACUGGUCGAAGAAUCAGCGAGUUUCGUGGAUCAGGUCAUCGCGCAAACCUGCAGAGCUAUGCAUGGAAGUACUGGAACAAAGGGAAGGCGUUGCAGAUAGUGGAUCAAAACUUAUGUGGCAGGUUUCAAAGGGAAGAAGCUUUGCGAUGCAUACGCACGGCGUUACUGUGCGUUCAAGAAAACCCUACGAAGAGACCCACCAUAGCAUCGGUUGUUUUCAUGCUAAGCAGUUCCUCGAUGACUACUCCAUCUCUUUCUGCUCCUGGGUUUCUCAUCGAGAGAAGUAGAACCACUGAUUCAAAUGAAUCCAUGGGAAAUAGAGUUCCAGAAAUCAAGAACGAGGGAGAAGGCAGUUCAACGUCAAUAAAUGAAGUCUCAGUUACUGUAAUGGAACGAAAAAAGCAGAACUCUAAAAUAGUAGUGGCUGUCGUCAUCCCCAUCCUCGGUGCUGUGAUGCUUGUGGCAGCGCUUUUGAUUUUUUUGUGGAGGACGAAAAUAUUUGCCAGAAAGUCCAAUGUUGGAGGAGCGAAAAGUCAAAAGGCAAACUCUCUGUUAUUUGAAUUUGAGACACUGAAGGUUGCAACCAACAACUUCUCGGACGCAAACAAGCUUGGAGAAGGGGGAUUUGGACCAGUUUAUAAGGGCGUACUAUCAGGUGGCCGGGAAAUAGCUGUGAAAAGACUCGCAAGAAGCUCACAGCAAGGAUUUGCAGAGCUAAGAAACGAGGUUGCUUUUGUUGCUAAGCUUCAGCAUAGAAAUCUUGUGAGGCUCAUCGGUUUUUGCUCGGAAGAAGAGAAGCUACUCGUCUAUGAGUUCCUCCCAAACAGAAGCCUAGACAAAAUUUUGUUUGAUCCCACAAAAUGUGGUCAACUAAACUGGGAAAGGCGAUACAAGAUCAUCGAAGGGAUUGCAAGAGGACUUCUUUACCUUCACGAGGAUUCCCGCCUAAGGAUUAUUCAUCGAGAUCUAAAACCCGGUAAUAUCUUGCUAGAUCAGCACAUGAACCCCAAGAUAUCUGACUUUGGUCUUUCAAAGCUGUUGGUCGACCAAGAUAGAUCAAAAGAGAGUGCUAGCCGAAUAGUUGGAACAAACGGAUACAUUGCUCCAGAGUAUGCUUUGCAUCGGCACUUCUCGGACAAAUCAGAUGUGUACAGCUACGGAAUGUUGGUGCUGGAGAUUAUAACUGGUCGAAGAAUCAGCGAGUUUCAUGGAUCAGGUCAUCGCGCAAACCUGCAGAGCUAUGCAUGGAAGUACUGGAACAAAGGGAAGGCGUUGCAGAUAGUGGAUCAAAACUUAUUUGGCAUGUUUCAAAGGGAAGAAGCUUUGAGAUGCAUACGCACGGCGUUACUGUGCGUUCAAGAAAACCCCUCGAAGAGACCCACCAUAGGAUCGGUUGUUUUCAUGCUAAGCAGUUCCUCGAUGACUACUCCAUCUCUUUCUGCUCCUGGGUUUCUCAACGAGAGAAGUGGAACCACUGAUUCAAAUGAAUCCACAGGAAAUAGGUCUCCAGAAAUCAAGAACGAGAGAGAAGGCAGUUCAACGUCAAUAAAUGAAGUCUCAAUUACUGUAUUGGAACCUCGACAAUAGACAGUCACAGAUCUUGCUUCAUGUUGAAACACAGUAGCUGGUUUGGCUGGUCGACAAUGGAACAGUGUAUUCGUUGAGAUUAGAAAGUGAAACUUUCGAUAGCAUUAGCUCUCACAGUAUCUAAAUUGAAGUUUGCAUUCAA